AUGACGGUCAAACCAGCGGGCGGCGACCGCGUCCGCGUCCCGGUCCGCGACCUGCCCUCCUGGACCCCCUCGGUCCCGCCCUUCGAGGGCGAGGACACGCUCGACGCCGCCGCCGUCGCCGCCGACUUCCUCGCGCGCCUCGCCGCCGCCGUCCGCGACGGCGACUGGGACGCCUUCGGGGUGCUCUUCGCCGACCGCUGCUUCUGGCGCGACAACCUCACGCUCACCUUUGACAAGCGCACGCUGCACAGGCGCGCGGACCCCAUCAUCUUCGAAGGGUCGAGCACUAUGAGUGGUUGGACCGAGGGAACCGGUUGA